GAAAGAGCGCAGCCGUCGUGCCCGCGCGCUCCCGCUCGCGCUCUCUCCCUUGCUACGAGGGGCUGGGACACCCACCCUGGGCGCGCGCUGAGAGGAAGCGCACCUUGGAGCCACGCGCCUCCUCCUUCCUUUCGGGUUUGUUCGGCUUGCCUUGGCUUUGCCCCUCUUCCUUAUCCUCCUGCGGGGUUUGAGCGGCUGGGAAGUCGAGAUAUCUUGAUUGUGGAUUCUGAAUUCAGAGAGCCUCCUUUUAUUCCAAGAAGUAUCAUGGCAGAACCAGAUUAUAUAGAUGAGGACAAUCCUGAAUUAAUUAGACCUCAGAAACUAAUUAAUCCAAUAAAAACAUCCCGAAAUCAUCAAGACCUCCACAGAGAACUCCGAAUGAAUCAGAAAAGGGGUCUUGCUCCUCAGAACAAGCCAGAGCUGCAGAAGGUGAUGGAAAGACGAAAAAGAGACAUAGUUUUCAAGCAGAAAGAAGAAGAGGCUCAGAAGAAGAAAUCAGACUUGGAAAUAGAGCUACUAAAACGACAACAAAAACUGGAACAGCUUGAACUGGAGAAGCAGAAGAUCCAGGAAGAGCAAGAGAACGCACCUGAAUUUGUCAAAGUGAAAGGCAACUUGAGGAGGACAGCCCAAGAUGCGGAAGAUGCUCAAACCUCAUAAAGGAGGAGCCUUGUUGACUUAAAGCCAUUCCCUCAGUUUUUGCCAGGGAGGGACUUCUGCAGAAAGCUUCACUCGUUUGCCUGAAUUUGGGCAAAAAAAUCGGUUCUUUACAAGGUCAAUUUCUGGAUCCUCUGUGUCCGAAUGGCUGCGCUGUCGAUGAAACUCGCCAAGAAUACUAUGGAGAUCAGUAAAUGAACAAGCAACCUGUUGUCAGUUGAAAGACAUAUCCAAAGUACUUGACCCAGGAAACAAUUUUGAGUUGUUACAUUGCUUGCUUAUUCCUGCUCCCAAUUUAGUGGGCAUCUCAGGCUAGUGUGUAUAGACAUUUUUGUUGCUCCUACUUUGUGAAGUUCUGCUAUGCAGAAAAACAAAGUUUUCUGAAACCACUUUUCUGUGCAUCCUGUGUGUGGAAUGUCUGCUUCAAGAAUGAGCAGUGCUCUCCCCAUUCCUACUCAGUAGUGUAGUUUCCUUUAGACUUGAAGUUUGAUUUUUUUUUCCAGUGCUACUUGUGGGCAGUACUGACAUCAUCAUGGAGAAUUAUUAAAAACCAGGGAAAAGCUUAAUGGUUUCAAUCAUUAAGCAAGUAAAAUAUGUUAUCAAUUCACCUCUGCAUUUGUAGUGAAGUUCUGUGCACUAGAACAUUCAUCUCUUUUCCCAUCCACCCCACACUGACCUUACUAGGCAUCCUGAUUUAGCACAUGAUUCCUCUUGUGCAAUGGCACUAGCAAUGUCUACAUUGCGGUUGACUUUUUCUCUGAUUCUUUUCCUUGCUUUCCCCCCAGUACCCAAUUAAUUACUCAUCUAAUUUUGUGUCUUUGGGCUGCCUGAGUUGGACUGUGUGCCUAGAUGUCACACAACAUACCACUUCUCAUAACAUUUCUGAGACAGCUGUUCAAAGAAGGAAAU